AUGGUAUUCACAAGUUUGUUAAGAGUUCUGGAGACAAGAGACAACUUGCAAACUUCAAGAAACAUAUCUUCUAGUGAAAUGUUGGGAAUUUUUUUAUACAUCUUGGGUACCGGUGCAAAAGUUUCCCAAUGUCGAGAAAGAUUUCAAAGGUCUGGAUCAACAAUAAGUCAGUACUUUGCAAUUGUGCUUGAAAAAGUUUCAAGGAUGGCCACUGAUCUAAUUGCACCCGAAGAUCCUUUUUUUAGCUCAAUACUCGAACAAAUACGUGCAAUUGAUGGUACUCAUAUUGCCGCUAUUCUUCCACCAAAUGAACAAAUUCCCUAUAUUGGAAGAAAAGGUAUCCCUACUCAAAAUGUCAUGGCAGUAUGUGAUUUUAAUAUGUGUUUCACCUUUGUCAUGGCUGGAUGGGAAGGAUCGGCACAUGACACUAGAAUAUUUCUUGAUGCAAUUCGAGAUCCAAAAUACAAAUUUCCGCACCCACCAAAUGGAAAAUAUUAUCUUGUUAAUUCUGGAUAUCCUCAAAUGAAAGGUUAUCUUGGACCAUAUAGAGGUCAGCGGUAUCAUUUACCUGACUUUCGUAGAGGUAGAUCGGUAUCUGGUAAAGAAGAGGUAUUCAAUCAUUCACAUUCAUCAUUACGUAGUGUGAUUGAACGAACUUUUGGUGUUUUGAAAAAAAAAUGGGCCAUUUUAAGAGAUAUGCCAAGUUAUAGUUUUGAAAAGCAAACGAUGAUCGUUGUUGCUGCAAUGACGAUACACAAUUUUAUCCGAAAACAUGCCGGCCGAAAUGAUGCAGAUUUUAUGGAAUACGAAGAUAUUAACUGGGCAUAUGAGAAUAAUAUUGAUUUAGAAAUUGUGCAUGGUCGAGAAAGUGAUGAUGACGACGAUGACGACGAUGAUGGUGAUGAUGACGGUGAAUCAAACAAUUCAAGUGGUUUUGAAAUGGAAUUAACAAGAGAUGCUAUAGCUUUUAGUUUAAUGAAUUCACUUUAA